AUGAAGAUGGAUUUUUAUGACCCCGAGGUUCCUACUUGGCAGACCUUGCUGGUGGAGAACAAGCAGACACGCUCGUGGUCUCCAUGCAUAAAGCUGCUACGGAUUGCUGUGGCUGUGGCCCGCUCUCCUUGCGUGGUCGGCUUUGAUCGCAAACCAGUGUCCCAGGCACCGACAGUUUCUCAGGUCCAGAGGGCGGCUGAAAUGAGCGAAGCUAGGGUCGCCAAACCAGAACGAGACACAGGACACGGCGACCAGUUCUGUCAAGUCUAUCCCAUGUUUCGUAGGAGCUCGGCUAAUCUGUUUCCUCCCGGAGUGGAAGGCAGGUGUUACCACGGCUAG